AUGUCAGAUAACUUUUUAUUUGGAGACGGUAGUGAAGAGGAUGAAAGAGAUCCACCCAUUACUGCCUCUGACCGAUAGAAACAACAAAGGUCAAAGCAAAACAAAACAAACAAAAAGAGUCAAAAAGAGAUCGAUGAAUAUCAGAAAGUUUUCUCUGAAAAACAAGAGGCUAGAAAAGCUAAACGUGGCUGGUGGGGUAAAAAGGGUUAGCAAGCCCCUUUAGCAUCUGAUGUACUGAAAGAUGAGGAGUCCAAGAUCGCAAAUCCUGAGAGAUAUGAGAAAAAUCAUGGAUCCGGUGACUACGAGGAAACCAAAUAGAUCGGAUAGAAAAGAUAAUUCUCGAUCCUUAAGGAGAUCAAAGACGACCAAAAUUUCAAAGCUUAUUUAAACAAGUUCUACGAACUUAAGAAGAAAUCGGCGUCUGAGGAUGAGGUUGCUUAGUAUGACAAAGAAGAUGACUAUGGAAACAUCGAGUACAAGUUAAAACUUGCAAAUCCCUCGAUUGAGAGAGUUGAGCAUUUAACUACGCAAAUGAAGUUCCGAUUGGAGGAAGGUAACGGCCAAGCUUUUUACUAAAUUGGAGUUGAAGAUAAUGGAAAUCCGCUAGGUCUAAAUCAUGAGGAAAUGAAGGAGUCACUCGGAACUCUCUUUUUUAUGGCGAGAAAUCUAAAUGCUUAACUAAUGGUAACCAAAGUCAAAAAGGGUAAGGAGGGAGAGAUUUGCGAAGUCAAGGUCAGAAGGAAUGAGAUCGAUGGAAUCAAGAUCGACAUAAAAAUCACUUUAUUAGGUGGUGAAGGUGCUGGCAAAAGUACACUUAUAGGAGUCCUUAUUAGUGGACAGAAAGAUAAUGGUAAAGGUCAAGCUAGGACCAAUGUUUUCAGACAUAAACACGAAAUCCUUGAUGGAAGGACCUCAUCGAUUUCUUAGCAGAUUUUAGGGUUUGAUGCCUAAGGUAAAGUCACAAAUUAAUCUAAAUUUGGGUCUAUUUCAUGGGCUUAAAUUGUAGAGCAAAGCUCCAAAAUCCUUACUUUCAUUGAUGUUGCAGGAAAUGAAAAAUAUGCUAAGACAAUGAUUAAGGGAAUCUGCAGUCAUUAUCCUGAUUAUGCUUUGAUUAUAGUUGAUGCCAAGGCAGGACUUACACCAAUAACAGUUGACCAUAUUAAGCUAGCUUUUGCUUUCAAUGUUCCAGUUGUUAUUGUAAUUACCAAAAUCGACUUAGUCUCUGAAGACCAACUAUUUGAUACUCAAUAAGAGCUCUGUGAUUUGUUGAAAGAAAUUACAAGCAAAAUCCCUAUCAUUAUAAAUAAUGAGGAAGAUGUAGUCUUAUGCAGUAGAACAAUAUAGGAGGAAAGUAUAUGUCCAGUAUUUUUAGUUUCUAAUACUAGCAGAAAUGGUCUUGAGCAUUUCCUUAGUUUCCUCAAUUUGCUUCCAAUAAACACUUAGAAUCAAUGGAAAUAAAAUCAAGAUGAUUCUCCUGAGUUCCAUAUAACUGAAACUUUUGAUAAGGAUGGAGAGCCUAUUUUAUCUGGCAUGGUACUUAAAGGCUAAAUAAAUGUGAGACAAUUGCUGAUGCUUGGACCUAAUAACGAUGGAAGAUUCACAAAAAUUGAGAUUAAAGGUAUUCAUUGCAAAAGAGUUCCAGUAAGAUAAGUAAAAGCAGGAUAAAUGUGCUCUUUUGCUAUAGGUUUUGGCACAUUCUCAGAUAGUUGGCUUAAAAACUGCGGAGGAUAGAUAAGAAAUGGCAUGGUUUUGGUUGAUCCAAAGUCAAAGCCUAGGUCUACUUGGACAUUUAGUGCUGAGAUCUGGACUUUUGAUGGCUCUACCAAGAUUAUCAAGAAUAAUUACCAGCCAGUUAUUCACGUAGGACACAUAAGACAAUCAGCUAAGAUUAUUCUUGAUAAAAAUCACCUGAAACCAUUAGAGGAUGAGUCAACAAAGAGAGCCACAUCAAUAGAUGAAUUUCACAGAUCAAACCCUACCUCAUCAGAAGAAGAAGAAAAAGGUUAGAAAAAGAGAAUAAAGACAUGCCUUUCAGAGGAUCAAAUGGUUUAAACCAAACCCAGCUAAUCAUAUAAGCAAUCGAACUUUAAGUCCCAAAGCCCAACAUCAAGUAGUUCUUUUUCAAAUAAAAUCGGUGCUGCCAAGAAGCCUAAGAAAUUAGUAUAAAACUUCCUCCCAAAGGAUAAAGAGCUCUUUGAUGAAAUCUAAAUCAGCUCAAUGAGAAAGACAAAAGUGAUCCUUCAGUUCUUGUACAAUCCUGAAUACCUCUUGAAAGACUCUUACAUAAUCAUAAAUGAGAACAAUCUGAAGGCGUUCGGUAGAGUGAGUGAAUUAUUUUAUGAUACCGAAAACACCAAGCUUUACACAGACAAAAACCUUGCUGAUAACAAGAAGAAAAGAAAGAAUUCAGUUCCUCCCCAAGUAUUUGCAAACUUGAUAGGAGGUUCAGAGGAGACCAAAAGCAAUGACGAUGCAUAUGAGUCGCCUACGACGAAGAAAAAUCAGCGUAGUCGGAGAACUUAGCAGAGUCACUCCAUGUGCAUUACUGAGCUCAUAGAAGAGUCAAGGUAAUGA